GUAGCGCUUCUGCGCUCUGAUUCUAUGGAACCUCUUUGUAGGGAGAAGGGCAGGAUGUUUGUAACAGAAUGUGACCCCACAGGAGUGCUAGAGAAAAUAAUAAAAUAUCUGAAUGGGGCAGCGUGGAGAAAUCCCAGGAGAAAUAGCAUAAGAUCAUUUUGGAACAUAUCCAGGAAGAGAUAACUUUCGGCAUACCUGUAGACAUCACCAGGUAAAGUUCUCUCCCUCCCUCCUGUUCCGUUGACUCACCAGGUGCUCUGAACAUUGCAGACAUCGUCGUGGAUAAUCUGGCAGCCACCACUUAUCACCGUGCAGCUGCUCCCCUGUUCCGCCCGUCCUAAGCUCCCUCGAACUCUGCGGAAGUCAGAUGGGACGCAGAACCUACUGGGAGGCCGGCCAGUUUAAGAAGAUUGAGGAGCUGGCAGAUUGAGCACUCAGAGAAGAGUCAGGCGGGUCUCAAGAGCCCACAUUUUGUGAGAUCCCUUGAAGGAUUGUGUCAAUUCCAUUUUAUGUGACUGCAUGCUCAUGUCAAGUCUAAGCAAUGGAAACUCUCCAGUUCAAAUCCAAUAGCUAUUAGGGAAGAUGGAUGCAGAGGCUGAGGAUCAUACACUGCGUACUCGCUCGAAAGAAACGGAGGUGCCAAUGGAUUCUCUAAUCCAGGAACUCAGUGUUGCAUAUGAUUGCUCCAUGGCGAAGAAGAGGAGGGCUGAGGAGCAGGCUUUGGGCGUCCCAGUCAACAAAAGGAAAUCCCUGCUGAUGAAGCCCCGACACUACAGCCCCAGCGCAGACUGCAAAGGAGACCGGGAUGACAGGACUGAGGAAGAUAAUCUCAUGGAAACCAAUGACCAUGCUGCUACAGAAGAAAUCAUGAUAAAACCUUUGGAGGAGAACGUUCAUUCAAAUGCACACGAAAACUCUCACCAGAGAGAAGACCGAUACACUCACUAUCAAGAGCUUGUGGUCAAAUCUUUAAUGCACUUGGGAAAAUUUGAAAAGAAUGUGUCUGUGCAGAGCACAAAUGAAAAUUUAAAUGACAGCGGCAUCCAGUCUUUAAAAGCAGAGAGCGAUGAAGCCGAUGAGUGCUUUAUGAUCCAAUCAGAUGAUGGGGGGGACAAGGCAGAUGAGCCUCAGCCGCUGUUCUGCUCCUCGGAUGACAACGAAAGCAGCUCUGAAAGUGCAGAGAACGGGUGGGAUAGUGGCUCCAGCUCGUCAGAAGACAGCAAACCCCACCGAGGCCCAAAGUACAUGUUAGCGGAGAAUAAAAAAAACCUUUUGGAAGUUCCGGAAAUAAAAACAGAAGAUGACACAUUUGCUCCCUGUGAAAACAAGUGUGACUCCAACACAGAGAGGAGAGACCCACAGAAUGUCCGUGGGGAGGCCCUGGAUGGCCACGCCCAGGCUUCUUUCCCUGAGAAGGGGGAAGGCGAGGGUGAGAGCCUGGCUGUGAUGACAGAAGAAUCCGGAGACCUUGAGAAAGCCAAGGGGAACUUAAAUCUGCUGGAGCAGGCCAUUGCCCUGCAGGCCGGACGAGGCUGCGUUUUCCACAGCACCUACAAAGAGCUGGACAGGUUUCUGCUGGAGCACCUGGCGGGAGAAAGGAGACAAACCAAAGUUAUUGACAUGACCGGAAGACAAGUCUUCACCAAUAAACAUUCACCGAGGCCUGAAAAAAGGGAGACCAAGUGCCCCAUACCUGGGUGUGAUGGCACAGGGCACGUGACGGGGCUCUACCCCCACCACCGCAGCCUUUCGGGGUGCCCUCACAAAGUGCGGGUCCCCCUGGAAAUUCUUGCCAUGCAUGAAAAUGUGCUCAAGUGUCCCACCCCAGGAUGCACAGGACGGGGGCACGUGAACAGCAACCGCAACACUCACAGGAGUCUUUCUGGUUGUCCAAUUGCUGCAGCUGAAAAACUGGCCAUGUCCCAAGAUAAAAAUCAGCUCGAUUCUUCCCAAACCGGGCCGUGUCCUGACCAGGCCCACAGGACAAGCUUGGUGAAGCAAAUUGAGUUCAAUUUCCGAUCGCAAGCCAUCACCUCUCCCAGAGCCGCCGUGUCAAAAGACCAAGAGAAGUUUGGGAAAGUACCGUUUGAUUAUGCCAGUUUUGAUGCCCAAGUUUUUGGUAAACGUCCCCUUGUACAAACAGGGCAAUGUCGAAAAACACCACCAUUCCCUGAAUCAAAGCAUUUUUCAAAUCCAGUGAAAUUUCCUAAUCGACUGCCUAGUGCAGGCGCCCACACACAGAGCCCGAGCGGUGCCAGCUCUUAUAGCUACGGUCAAUGUAGUGAAGACACCCACAUAGCAGCAGCUGCUGCCAUCCUGAACCUUUCCACCCGCUGCAGGGAAGCCACAGACAUCCUCUCCAACAAACCACAGAGUCUGCAUGCCAAGCACAGCCUGUCCCCUGGGUGGUCAGCUGCCCGCCUGUACCUUGCCAGGCCUUCAGGAGAGCAGGGGGCCGAGAUAGCAGUGGAUGAAAAUGGCACGUUGGACUUAAGCAUGAAAAAAAAUCGAAUGCAGGACAAGGCUGCGCCCCUCACUUGCUCUAGCACUACCAUUCCCACGCCUUCCUCCUCCCCCUUCAAAACCAGCAGUAUUCUGGUCAACGCCGCGUUCUAUCAGGCUCUCUGUGACCAGGAAGGCUGGGAGACUCCGAUCAACUAUAGCAAGACUCACGCCAAGCCAGAGGAGGACAAAGAGAAAGACAUAGUAAACUCUCUAGAAAACUUGGAAGAGAAAAAGUUUCCUGGAGAAGCCUCUAUACCAAGCCCCAAACCCAAGCUCCAUGCAAGAGAUCUCAAAAAAGAGCUAAUCACCUGUCCAACUCCAGGAUGUGACGGAAGUGGCCACGUCACCGGAAACUACGCAUCUCACCGCAGUGUCUCUGGAUGUCCUCUAGCAGAUAAGACUCUUAAGUCCCUCAUGGCUGCUAACUCUCAGGAGCUGAAGUGUCCAACCCCAGGCUGCGAUGGUUCAGGGCAUGUGACUGGAAACUAUGCUUCCCACAGAAGCUUGUCUGGCUGUCCUCGUGCGAGGAAAGGCGGUGUCAAAAUGACCCCGACGAAGGAAGAGAAAGAAGACCCUGAACUUAAAUGUCCUGUAAUAGGAUGUGACGGCCAAGGUCACAUAUCAGGUAAAUACACUUCGCACCGCACUGCUUCGGGCUGUCCCCUGGCCGCCAAAAGACAGAAGGAGAACCCUCUCAACGGGACCCCUCUCUCCUGGAAACUGAACAAGCAAGAACUGCCCCACUGUCCCUUGCCUGGCUGCAAUGGGCUGGGCCAUGUAAAUAAUGUUUUUGUCACGCACAGAAGCUUAUCUGGAUGUCCUCUCAAUGCACAAGCUAUCAAAAAGGGCAAGGUCUCUGAGGAACUCAUGACCAUCAAGCUCAAAGCCACUGGGGGUGUCGAGGGUGAUGAAGAAAUUAGGCAUUUGGAUGAAGAAAUAAAGGAACUGAAUGAAUCCAACCUUAAAAUUGAAGCAGAUAUGAUGAAACUUCAGACUCAGAUCACAUCGAUGGAGAGCAACCUGAAGACCAUAGAGGAGGAGAACAAACUCAUAGAGCAGAACAACGAGAGUCUGCUGAAAGAGCUGGCGGGCCUGAGCCAGGCGCUCAUCUCCAGCCUCGCUGACAUCCAGCUUCCACAGAUGGGACCUAUCAGCGAGCAGAAUUUUGAAGCAUAUGUAAAUACACUCACAGACAUGUACAGCAAUCUGGAACGGGACUAUUCCCCAGAAUGCAAAGCUCUGCUGGAAAGUAUCAAACAGGCAGUGAAGGGUAUCCAUGUGUAGGAUCGCAGUGCUGCCGGCAACAGAGAUUACCAACAGCAGUGAACUGCAGAUGGAUCUGCCAGAAGCACGUGGACUGCUGAGACCUGGAGGUUGCCGUCCUACGUUACAAGCGCAACAUUGCACUAUUUCCCCCAGCUGACAUAAAAAGGAAAGAAAAACUAUGAUAGACUCUUUAGACUAAAAGCAAUGCAGUCAAUUAUUAGAUCUUAUUUAUUUUCAUAUGUUUUUCCUUUUAUUUCUUCAUUGCACUCUUUCUUUUGUAAAGUAUAUGUA